UGCUACCAUCCACAUUGUUCAAUCAUCGAAAAUGAGUCCAAAGGUUGUUUUGUCGCUUCUCACAUUGACAACCAGCGUGGCGGUUGGUACUGUUUUGACCAAGGAAGAAUUUAAUUUGGCGGUGACGGUUAACGGAUACUCGGCACCGGAUGACCAAAUCUACCGUCGCUUUGCCGAGAACACCGGCGACUUUUCUCGCGAGGAAGCCGCCAUGUUCAUCGCCCAGCUUAUCCACGAGAGCGGAGGCUUCGAGUACACCGAGCAAAUAGCUUGUUCGGGAAACAACAGCUGCGAGGGUGUCUACGACGACGGCCAGGGCCUACCUGGAAGGUCUUACCACGGCCGCGGAUACAUACAACUGACCUGGGCUGGUAAUUACAGGCUGGCUUCUCUGGGCAUUGGCAUGCGCGAGCAGGACUUGCUCGAGUACCCUGGACUCGUGGCUAGUGACAAGGGCGUGGCCAUGCAAGUGAGCGCUUGGUACUGGAUUGCCAGGGUCAGGCCUUUGUUGAAAGGAAGGGAAGAAAUGUUUGGCCUUACCACCGUGGGUAUCAAUCCCCAAGAGUGCGUUGGCGCGGUCAACGAGCAAGCUAAGCGAAGGUACUCGAUUUACUUGAAAGUGGCGGAGGUCCUGGGUAUUACCAACAAGUCGAAAGAGAACGGAUGCUACGAUUCGUGCCUUACGCCUCAAUAAUCAAUACUGAGGGCAUUUUCUUUUACAAAGCUAUACCAAAGUGUGGGAAU